CGUUGCUGGCUGAAUGGCCAAGCGGCAGCGGGAAUGCCGAGGAGUGAUGCAGAGGCUGGCUUUUGAUGUCGGGAGCGUUGUCGAGUCAACCCGGGAGGAAGUGGGGGAGAUGCAGGUCUGAUAGCAGCAGCAGGAGGAGGAGGUAUUUGGGCCGCCUGUGCGUUGGGCGGUGACUGUUUACGGUUGUGCCAUAGAAACGAGUAGCGGCGACAAGGGGAAGGAGCUGCUGGGUCUGUGACCGUUCACGGCAGAAACACUUGAGGGCACAUCCAGAAGAUUGUUAUCCAUUUUAUAUGACAUGGAAGACAUUAUGCACCCUCCGAGUUUCCUGCUGUACGAAUUGAAAGCAGCGUGUGUCACUUAAGGAACGACAGAGUUUAUUGAACCCAACAAGGCAAAACCACUUGUGGAAAUACUAACGAUGUAAAAAGUGUGCAAAAUCAGGAUGGGUCCAGAUGUCCCACUACUAAAUGACUACAAACAGGAAUUCUUUUGGAAACGAUUUCCACAGACGGCACUAGGAGGACCACGAUUCAAACUUGGAUACUAUGCUCCACCUUACAUCUAUGUUAACCAGAUCAUCUUGUUCCUGAUACCAUGGGUUUUUGGUGGUGUAGGGACUGUUCUUUAUCAGCUAAAUGCAUUAGAAGAUUAUUGGGCAUCAAUCCUUGCUGCAGGAUUGAUGCUGCUCGCAGCCUUCAUCGUUCAAGGCAUGAACUUGUGGGUCAGACAGAAGAAUGUGACUGUUGAAACAUUCCCAUCUGAAAAUACCUUGGCAGAUGAGGAUGAAUUUGAUUUUUCCAGCUGUGCUGGGCCAGAGACAAUAAAAUUCAUCAUACCUGGAAAAAAAUACUUAUUCAAUACAGUCUUUCACUGCAUUCUAGCUGGAGCAUUAUGUGGCCUUGGAACAUGGUAUUUGCUACCUAACAGGUUAAUGAUACUAUAUGCCAACACAGGGGCCACAGUUGUGCUCUUUGUUUUUGGUUGGGUGACUGUGUGCAUUGGAGAAUAUUCAUUGAUAAUAAAUACUGCUGUGGAGACUGCUACAUUCCAGCCACAAGAUACAUAUGAAAUCAAUGCGCUUACCAGACCACUUUAUAUUUUUGCUUUCAUUGCAGUGGAUCUUGCCUACAGAUUUACUGUAAACCCAACCCUGCUUCAAAUAAAUCAGAUUUUGCACAUUAUUUUUGUAUUUCUGCCUGUCCUCUGGGCAGUUGGUAUUUUGCCUCCUGUGGAUGCACUGUUCUUAUGGCUUCUCGAGCAAGUCUUAGAAUUUGGGUUUGGAGGUUCACCCAUGGCAACCAAUUUAAGGCUGUUGCUUAUGUUUAUUGUGUCUGUUGGAGUGGUGAUUGCAACAUUCUUUAUCCCCAACACGCUUGGUGUGGUGCUGUUCACAACUGGAAUGGGAUUUAUACUUAGUCUCGAUCUCACCCAAGUUGAGGCUUCAUUCAGAUUCUGCUGCAGAACAGCUCGUGCCUCAUUGGGAUAUCCUAAACAUUUUAGGAACCGAAUUGGAUGGCAGCUUGGCUGGAAAGAAGCCUUGAUUUAUACUAGUCUUCUCACAAUGACACUUGCAGAAGCUGGUUUAUUGCAUUCCUUUGCAAGAAGAUCAACUACAUCUAGAAUAAGUCCUCAGACUAUAAUAAGCUAUAUCUUAAUAAUAACUCUGGUAGUAUGGAAGAUUUUCCAAGAAAUUCAAAGUGCAUAUAUCCUGUUUGGAUUCUUUCGAAAUCCUUUAUUUCCUAAAGGCAUUAGAACUGUGAAAGUUUUUAAGCACAAGCAAGCAAUAUUGAUGAAGGCUGGCUUGAUUCAAAGGAUUCUUCUCAAUCUCAUCUCUCCAUUUGCCAUGGUAGCCUUUCUCUCUGUUGAUACUUCACUGCAGGACCUCCACACUGCAUCUCUUUGUAUUGGAUUCACACGGGCAUUCCGAAUAGUGUGGCAGAAUACAGAGAAUGCACUAUUGGAAGUGGUAGUGAUAGCAAUUGUGCGACUUUCCACAUUGCAUUCAAGUUUGGUAUGGUGGAAUGGUAUAGGUACAGGAAUCCAACUCCUAAUGGUCGGUAUUAUACGAGAUCGUUUCUUUCAAGCAAUUUCCAAGCUCAAAUUUGCUUUGACUGUACUCAUUUCCUCCUGGACAGAGAAGAAGCAGCGCCGAAAGUCUUCUAGCAUCAUAAUUAUUUUAAAUAUUAUUCUGUUCCCAGUUGUGCUGACGAUCAUAGUUCUUGCUUCAGCACUUUCGGCACCUUUACUUCCACUGUUCACACUUCCAGUGUUUUUAGUGGGAUUUCCAAGACCUAAUAAGAGUUGGCCCGGAUCAGUGGGUGCUGCUGCAUGCAUAUGUCCUGAUUCUGUAUAUUACCAACAUAUGAUGCACAACCUGGCUGCUGCAUUUUGUACAGCAUUUUCUGCUGGCAGUAUGGGAAACUCUUCACCUGGCUCUCAUUUCCUGUGCCGCUUCCAGGACAGACUGAUUUGGGUCUUGAUUUUGGAAAGAGGUUUCGGUUAUUGCUGUAUUAGCGUUAAGGGUUUAGAGCUACAAGAGACAUCAUGCCACACUGCUGAAGCUCGACGAGUGGAUGAGGUGUUUGAAAUGGCCUUUGAACAAGAUGACCAAGCAAAAGCUUGCCCUAUAAAUCAGCAUAUUGGCAACAUCUUGACUCCAUGUGCUGUACUACCAGUAGAAGUUUACUCUGAUGCACGGAAUGUUUUAACAGGAAUCAUUGACUCUCAUGAAAAUUUAAAACAGUUAAAAGAAGAUUUUGCUAAAGUUUUAAUUUGGGUACUCCUACAUUAUACUAAUAAGUCAAAAUCUUCUGAAAAUGUUCAGGACAACCAGCCAUUACAACAAAAUAUAACCUGGUCAGAUGAGUAUACAAUUACUUCAGUGCAAACAGAAUCUUCUAAAAGUCCCAAAGAUUCCUACAGCAUAAAUUCAGAAAUAUUUAAUGAAUGGUCAGAUGGUGAUAUGUUUGAACUGGAGUCCAUUGGAAGAAAGACUAGAAUAAGUUUAGUUAAAAACACCACAGAUGUGCAACAAAUGACUACAAAACCUAUAAUAACAUCCAUUCCAGGGAGUCUUGAAACACAAAGCUUAGCGCCUGAUAUGAAUGAUGAAAAAUUACCAAAAAGAACUCCUACGUAUGGACUUCCUGCUACUGACAAAGGAAGAGAAAGACAUAUGGAAACUGUUAGCUGUGAAAUGGGCCCAGUGGUUGUUUUCAGUUCCCCUUACUCAAGUAAGCUAAAAGUGCCAGAAAAUUGGCGAUCAGGACCUUUCCCUUCUCUACUGCUUCAAGAAUUGUUGAAGUCCUUCCCUGAGGAUUGGUAUUCAUUUGUUCUUACUCUCUUGGAUGUUGUUCACUCUGAUGAAAAAUCUUCCAUUAUCUUUGAAGUGAAAGGAGAUGAGACUUUGAGAGAUAUGUAUGCCCAGGUGGUGAUGACUUGUUAUGGUGUAAUGUUAGGAACAGACUCUACAGUCCCAAGCCCCAAUCAAGUCUUCAAGGUGUAUUCUGGUGAUAUACCCUGGUCUUUGGGUUUAGAUUGGCUGACUCAAAAGCCAGAGCUGUUCACACUUGCUCUAAAGGCAUUCAGGUAUACCUUCAAGCUGAUGUUUGACAAAGCCAGUCUAGGUCCAGUUGAAAAUUUUGUCGAGUUGGUGAAUUAUUUGGAAGAAUAUGAGAGAGACUGGUUCAUUGGUAUGGUGUCAGAGCCUCAGUGGCAACAGGCUGUACUGCAGGAAAAACCUUACCUCUUCUCCUUGGGAUAUGACCCCAGUCUGAGCACAUAUACAGGACGUGUGUUGUCACUGCAGGAAAUGUUAUUGCAGGUUGGACGGUUAAAUGCAGAAGCAAUACGAGGCCAGUGGGCCAACUUGUCUUGGGAACUUCUGUAUGCCACAAAUGAUGAUGAAGAACGAUACAGUAUACAAGCACAUCCUGUGUUACUGAGAAACUUAACAGUGCAGGCAGCUGACCCUCCCCUUGGCUAUCCCGUUUAUUCAUCUACUUCAAUUCAUAUGCCUUUGUUCUAAAGAAUUUCAUCACAAGUUCUAAUCAGUGUUCAACACUGAAUUAUUACUGUGGGAACAAUGGAAGUAAAAUAUUUCCCUCAUUAUUGAAAGUUGAGGCUUGGCACUUUGUAGAAAUUAUUGCUUUGAACUAGUACAAAUCAGUGCUUUGCUAGAUACUUCAUGUAUCAACUAUGCAAAAAUUAUUGAAUUUAUUGCCAGGAUAAUUUUUGGUAUUUUUUUUAUCUUCCUGAUUAUUUUUAAUUAGUGGAUUUUUACAGUCUUUUUGUAUCCCUGGAAACAAAAGGUCAGGUGGGGUGCUAUCGACUGGAAUUGGUCUCAAAUGUGAAUCCUCCAUGUUUUAAAAGUAUGCCAAAGCUUGGGUUAGGGGUAAGAUGAUUGAGAACUGUGAACCUGUAUCUAAGCGUGUGCCACUAGCUUUGAAGAGGAGUAUGUGUUGUACACUAUUUUCUGCAUCAUAAGUUUAAUAUGUGUUGAAUUGUAAAAGUAUGGCAGCUUAUUGAAAAAAAGUGGAAUGAGGCAUUUUUAAAAACCUUCAUUCUAAAAUAUCAUUUCACUACACGAAUGUAAGUAUAAGGAAUAAAAGAAUUUACUGUAAAAUGUUUACCUAGUUUUUCCCUUCAAAUCCUAAAAAUUAUUGCCAUGAAUUACCAGUACUAAAAAAAUGAUUAUUUUUGAUAAAAUACCUCUUAUUUGGCUUUAAAGUUACAGUAACUUCAACAUCAAUUUAACAGAUCUUUGAUUUAAACUCAUAACUUGCUUGAUGUGGAAAAGUCUUAGCAAAUCAAUUUUCAAAUUUCAUGCUAAAAUCCGUCCUUGGCACACCGCUAUUGCAACUGCUCAUUUUAAACAUAGUGUAUGUAUAUUUUUUCUGAACUGUUUUCUUAUGCAACCGUGCAAAUGGGUUUAUGAUAGCUAAUUUGGAAUGAAGUAUUGUAUUUCUUUUUGUUAGUUUUAUAAAUUGUAACUUUAAAACCUGAAAUGAUGAACCAGCACUGAGUAUUACAGCCCCAGAAUAAGAGUUCAGGUUCAGUUACUAUUUCUGCCCACUUACCAAUCUGAGUUGUGUAGAGCGUAGGCUGUAGUAACAAUUUGCCAGGUGGAAAGGAAAAUCAGAAGAGUUGCGUAUAUAUGGUCCUUAAUGGCUACUAGCAUAUGCCAACAAAAAACAUUGGUGACCAACUGUUAGUAGUCUGACUGACCAACCUAUUAACCCAUACAUAAAGGAAAUAAUGUUUAAAUAAGUUGCACAACACUUGGAAUAAUAGUAAAGCAAGUUCUUCUUUGGCUAAUCAAUUUCAUUGUUAAAAGGAUUGUUUUCAUUAAGAAUCUACAAGUUUGAAGGGUGCCAGAAAGCAUACUUCUCUGAAAUGUCUGUGAGCAAACAUUUUUAAAGCAACCAUGCAAUAAAUUGUAUUGAACGUGAUUAAUCCUCAAAAAAGUGCCUUUUACUUUUAGUGCUGCAUAGUGUGAACCAUUUAGUGUGUAUAAUCUUCAUUAUUUUAUUAUCCCUUAACACAUAAUUUUAUUAUCCCUUAACACAAUUUUAUUAUAAGUUUUUAAAUGGAUGGGCAAGUACUGUUUUUCAGAUGAGCAAAACAUUUUCAAAUCAAAUUUAUUAGAAGCAUAGGUUAUCAUAUGAAAUUACAAUGAAAACAUGUACAGCUGUAUUUCAUAACUUUUAUGACUGUUUCCAGGUUAAAUCUGUAUAUAUUGGAGAACCUUAACAGUUUUGUAUACCUCUAUAAAAUUAAAGUUUAUUUCUACAUCA